GACAUCGGCAGGCGGCAGGCUUCAAGCGUUUCCUGCCUGAGGGUGACAUCAGUGCAGAUGAGCUGCAUGCGAGUGCUGUGGUCACAGGCCUCGUGUUGAAAGGCCUGCAGAGCCUUGGGCUUGACAGCUCCCUGGACGACGCAAGUGUUUUGGAGGUGGUUUGGGAGCUGCUUUUGGCUGCCAGUCUCUCGGCAGAGGGCGCUUUGGUCUCCGGCGCCUCGCGGGCCUGGGUGCUGCUGAGGGAGUCUUCGGAUCAGACCAAGCGCAGCUUCUUGGAGUUAGCAAU